AUGACGGGAACUAGCAUCGCGCACCAUUUCCUAAAGAACAGCCCCCAAGAUUGGCCUCUCCGCAUCGCCAUGGUGGAAGCUCGACAAGCCUGCUCCGGUGCCACAGGCCGUAACGGUGGCCACAUUCGCCCGUCUUCGUAUGCAGAAUAUGAUCGAGCGAAGGGCUUCGUUUCAAAAGACGAAGCAGCAAGGAUUACGCGUAUGAGGGCCGCUCACAUCAACGCACUCAUAGCGGCAGCGAAUGAGCUAGAUGAUGAGGGGUUUGAGGCCUCAGAAGCGAGAGUCGUGGACAGCAUAGAGGCAGUUAGGCAGUUGAAUGUGCUUAAGAAGGAAGUGCCGGAUCUUGGGAUCGAGUUCACGGCUUUUGACCAGGAGGAAACGCAAAAUGCCGCAGGCAUAAUCACGGGUAGCUCGAAGGUCGCAGGCACCAUUUGGCCAUACCGAUUCGUCACGCAUAAAUUUAAGUCGCUCGUCGAUAAGUAUCCAUCCUUCUUCCUCGACAUAAAUAUGCCAGCUCUCAAUGUCUACUCAACCAACGCUGGCAAUGCAAUGCUUGAGGUCACAACAUCUCGCGGCAAGAUCCAAGCUCGCCAUGCGAUUAACGCAGUCACUGCUUGGAUUCCCCAUCUACUUGGUGGUGCUGAUAUUCCUAAAGCAGGAGAAUGGCCAUCGCUUACUGGAAAUGGUAGUUUAUCAACCGGCCGAGCUUGGUCUUUAUAUCGGGGUGGCUUGGAUUAUAUCGUACAAAUGCCACAGAAUGGAGAGUUCAUGUUUGGAGGUGGGUGUGGAGGAGAUGGCGCUGCGAACACUACCAAUGUCGACACCGAUGACAGUCUCCCUCCUAAUCACAGUAUGGCCGCGUAUCUUAACGGCGCACUACCAGGCUACGUAGGGUAUGACAAUUGGGGGCCUGAGAGAAGCGACUUCCCAUUCGAAAACAGUUCUUUUAUUUUUCCUGGGCGAACGAAGAGGGUCUGGACUAGCAUGGAAGGAGCAUCUUCCGACGGCAGGCCGCUCGUCGGUAUGAUUCCAACUAGUGUUACCCACCGAUCGGUUGGUGCUGUUACAACAAGUGCGCAAUGGAUUUCGGCGGCUUAUGAUGGAGAGGGCAUGUGUUUUGCAUGGCUUUGUGGACAAGCGCUUGCGUCUAUGCUGCUUGGUAGAGAGAAACGCAGCAACCAAACGCACCCAUAUUGGUUUCCUUUAUCGUUCGAGCUUACUGAGGAGAGAAUGAACAGCAGUAGUAGAGGUCGCUCAGCAGUAGGUAAAAGACAUGUGACAAGGAUGGUCACGGCAUUUGGAGGAAGAAACUAG